AUGGAUACAUGUGAGAUCGGCCGCUUCAAAGUACAUCAUCUCAACGAAGGCCUUUUGACUCGCCAUCCAAGUUGGCACUUUUGCCUUCUUUUUCCCAUUCAUAUCAACCAAGCAAGCCCUGGUCCACUUAUGAUCUCACUCUUACUUUUGCAUAUCUCAUCUCAAGGGUUCUCCCUACCUAUCCAGCGAAUAACUUCUCUACCGUCUUACUGGGAAGAGCUCUCCAUGGCAUCUUCCGGUCAGCACAUGACGGUUGAUCCAAGAAUCGUUGACAGGGCCAUUUCGAGACUAACGUAUGCAACAAUAGCAAAAGUGAUCCCCGGCCAAACCAACCCAUAUCAAACCACAGAAGAAACGAUGGAAAAGCAUAAUAAUACUUAUGCCGAUAGACGAGGAUCAGAUAGCUUUGGGAAGACCACUUCUGCACCUGAGCGUAAGGGAAGUGAGGGUUCGGCACUUGGAUCCUCAUUAGGGUCGUCCCCGGGAGAUAGAAGGAUGAGCAAGGAAUGGGAUGCUGCCCAAGUGCCGCCGUCGAGAUUCCAGAAGAGGGAAGGAAGCAUUUUCUCCACCGCGGGGUCCAGGGACAGCCAUGUCACGAGGAGGGAUAGAGACUAUCUGUACCACGCUAAGUUGAAGGAGAAGAGCCUGCGUAUCCAAAGAGCGAAUGCUAACCAGUAA